CACACACACACACCCUGUCCCCUGAGUCAGCACUUGCCUGUCAAGGAGGGGUGGGGUCACAGGAGCACCUCCUUAAAGCCCCCACAACAGCAGCUGCAGUCAGACACUGCUGCCCUCACCAUGAGCCUCUGGCAGCCCCUGGUCCUGGUGCUCCUGGUGCUGGGCUGCUGCUGUGCUGCCCCCAGACAGCGCCAGUCCACCCUUGUGCUCUUCCCUGGAGACCUGAAAACCAAUCUCACUGACAGGCAGCUGGCAGAGGACUACCUGUACCGCUAUGGUUACACUCGGGUGGCAGAGAUGCACGGAGACUCGGAAUCUCUGGGGCCUGCGCUGCUGCUUCUCCAGAAGAAACUGUCCCUGCCCCAGACCGGUGAGCUGGACAGCGCCACGCUGAAGGCCAUGCGAACCCCACGGUGCGGGGUCCCAGACCUGGGCAGAUUCCAAACCUUUGAGGGUGACCUCAAGUGGCACCACCACAACAUCACCUAUUGGAUCCAAAACUACUCGGAAGACUUGCCGCGGGCGGUGAUUGACGACGCCUUUGCCCGCGCCUUCGCGCUGUGGAGCGCGGUGACGCCGCUCACCUUCACUCGCGUGUACAGCCGGGACGCAGACAUCGUCAUCCAGUUUGGUGUCGCGGAGCACGGAGACGGGUAUCCCUUCGACGGGAAGGACGGGCUCCUGGCACACGCCUUUCCUCCUGGCCCCGGAAUUCAGGGAGACGCCCAUUUCGACGAUGAUGAGUUGUGGUCGCUGGGCAAGGGUGUCGUGGUUCCAACUAAGUUUGGAAACGCAGAUGGCGCGGCCUGCCACUUCCCCUUCACCUUCGAGGGGCGCUCCUACUCUGCCUGCACCACCGACGGUCGCUCCGACGGCGUGCCCUGGUGCAGUACCACGGCUAACUACGACACUGACCGCCGGUUUGGCUUUUGUCCCAGCGAGAGACUCUACACCCAGGGUGGCAAUGCUGACGGGAAACCCUGCCAGUUUCCAUUCAUCUUCCAAGGCCAGUCCUACUCCGCCUGCACCACGGACGGUCGCUCCGAUGGCUACCGCUGGUGCGCCACCACCGCCAACUACGACCAGCACAAGCUCUACGGCUUCUGCCCGACCCGAGCCGACUCGACCGUGAUCGGGGGCAACUCGGCGGGGGAGCUGUGCGUCUUCCCCUUCACCUUCCUGGGUAAGCAGUACUCGACCUGUACCAGCGAGGGCCGCGGAGAUGGGCGCCUCUGGUGCGCUACCACCUCGAACUUUGACAGCGACAAGAAGUGGGGCUUCUGCCCGGACCAAGGAUACAGUCUGUUCCUUGUGGCGGCUCACGAAUUCGGCCACGCGCUGGGCUUAGAUCAUUCCUCAGUGCCGGAGGCGCUCAUGUACCCUAUGUACCGAUUCACUGAGGAGCCCCCCUUGCAUAAGGACGAUGUGAAUGGCAUCCAGUAUCUCUAUGGUUCUCGCCCUGAACCUGAGCCACGACCUCCAACCACCACCACACCGCAGCCCACGGCUCCCCCGACGGUCUGCCCCACUGGACCCCCCACUGUCCGCCCCACAGCCGGCCCCACAGGUCCCCCCUCAGCUGGCCCCACAGGUCCCCCCACUGCUGGCCCUUCUACGGCCACUACUGUGCCUUUGAAUCCGGUGGACGAUGCCUGCAACGUGAACAUCUUCGACGCCAUCACGGAGAUCGGGAACCAGCUGUAUUUGUUCAAGGAUGGGAGGUACUGGCGAUUCUCUGAGCGCAGGGGGAGCCGGCUGCAGGGCCCCUUCCUUAUCGCCGACACGUGGCCCGCGUUGCCCCGCAAGCUGGACUCGGCCUUUGAGGAGCCGCUCUCCAAGAAGCUUUUCUUCUUCUCUGGGCGCCAGGUGUGGGUGUACACAGGCGCGUCGGUGCUGGGCCCGAGGCGUCUAGACAAGCUGGGCCUGGGCGCCGACGUGGCCCAGGUGACCGGGGCCCUCCGGCGUGGCGCGGGGAAGAUGCUGCUAUUCAGCGGGCGGCGCGUCUGGAGGUUCGACGUGAAGGCGCAGAUGGUGGAUCCCCGCAGCGUCAGCGAGGUAGACCGGAUAUUCCCCGGGGUGCCUUUGGACACGCACGACGUCUUCCAGUACCAAGGGCCCGCCAGAAGCCCUGACCCGGAGUCCCGCCGGCAUUCGGUCGCAGACCCCCGCCACCUCCCGGGGGAAGACGUCAAAGGUGAUGGCAACCCCAAGGAAAGCAGUCCCUUCAUCAACAGCACUGACACAGAGAGGGGAAAGGAGUAUGAUGGCAAGAACAUGGCCUUGUUUGAGGAGGAGAUGGACACCAGCCCUAUGGUGUCCUCCUUGCUCAGUGGCCUGGCCAACUACACCAACCUGCCCCAGGGAAGUAGGGAGCACGAAGAGGCAGAAAACAAUGAGGGUGGAAGAAAGAAGCCGGUGCAGGCCCCACGCAUGGGCACCUUCAUGGGCGUGUACCUGCCGUGCCUGCAGAACAUUUUUGGCGUCAUCCUCUUCCUGCGGCUCACCUGGGUGGUGGGCAUUGCAGGCAUCAUGGAGUCCUUCUGCAUGGUGUUCAUCUGCUGCUCCUGUACAAUGCUCACAGCCAUCUCCAUGAGUGCAAUUGCAACGAAUGGUGUUGUGCCUGCUGGUGGCUCCUACUACAUGAUUUCCAGGUCUCUGGGCCCGGAGUUUGGGGGCGCCGUGGGCCUCUGCUUCUACCUGGGCACUACCUUUGCUGGGGCCAUGUACAUCCUGGGCACCAUCGAAAUCCUGCUGGCUUACCUCUUCCCAGCCAUGGCCAUCUUCAAGGCAGAAGAUGCCAGUGGGGAGGCAGCAGCCUUGCUGAACAACAUGCGUGUUUACGGCACCUGUGUGCUCACCUGCAUGGCCACUGUGGUGUUUGUGGGUGUCAAGUAUGUCAACAAGUUUGCCCUUGUCUUCCUGGGUUGUGUCAUCCUCUCCAUCCUGGCCAUCUAUGCUGGGGUCAUCAAGUCUGCCUUCGACCCGCCCAACUUCCCGAUCUGCCUCCUGGGUAACCGCACGCUGUCUCGCCAUGGCUUUGAUGUCUGUGCCAAGCUGGCUUGGGAAGGAAAUGAGACGGUGACCACAGAGCUGUGGGGCCUUUUCUGCUCCUCUCGCUUCCUCAACGCCACCUGUGAUGAAUACUUCACCCGAAACAAUGUCACGGAGAUCCAGGGCAUCCCUGGUGCUGCCAGUGGCCUCAUCAAAGAGAACCUCUGGAGCUCCUACCUGACCAAAGGCGUGAUUGUGGAGAGGAGUGGGAUGACCUCGGUGGGCCUGGCCGAUGGCACUCCUAUUGACAUGGACCACCCCUAUGUCUUCAGUGAUAUGACCUCCUACUUCACCCUGCUGGUUGGCAUCUACUUCCCCUCAGUCACAGGUAUCAUGGCUGGUUCUAACCGCUCUGGGGACCUGAGGGAUGCCCAGAAGUCAAUCCCCACUGGCACCAUCCUGGCCAUCGCCACCACCUCUGCUGUCUACAUCAGCUCCGUUGUUCUGUUUGGGGCCUGCAUUGAGGGGGUCGUCCUGCGGGACAAGUUUGGUGAAGCUGUGAAUGGUAACCUGGUGGUGGGCACACUGGCCUGGCCAUCUCCGUGGGUAAUUGUCAUCGGAUCCUUCUUCUCCACAUGUGGGGCUGGGCUGCAGAGCCUCACGGGGGCGCCACGCCUGCUGCAGGCCAUCUCGAGGGACGGCAUUGUUCCCUUCCUGCAGGUCUUUGGCCAUGGCAAGGCCAAUGGAGAGCCGACCUGGGCCCUGCUCCUGACUGCCUGCAUCUGCGAGAUUGGCAUCCUCAUUGCAUCCCUCGACGAGGUGGCCCCCAUCCUGUCUAUGUUCUUCCUGAUGUGCUACAUGUUUGUGAAUCUGGCCUGUGCGGUGCAGACGCUGCUGAGGACACCCAACUGGAGGCCACGCUUUCGAUAUUACCAUUGGACCCUCUCCUUCCUGGGCAUGAGCCUCUGCCUGGCCCUCAUGUUCAUCUGCUCCUGGUAUUAUGCACUGGUGGCCAUGCUCAUUGCUGGACUCAUCUACAAGUACAUUGAGUACCGUGGGGCAGAAAAGGAGUGGGGCGAUGGGAUCCGAGGUCUGUCUCUCAGUGCAGCUCGCUAUGCCCUCUUACGCCUGGAGGAAGGGCCCCCACAUACCAAGAACUGGAGGCCACAGCUGCUAGUGCUGGUGCGUGUGGACCAAGACCAGAAUGUGGUGCACCCCCAGCUGCUCUCAUUGACCUCCCAGCUCAAGGCAGGGAAGGGCCUGACCAUCGUGGGCUCUGUCCUUGAGGGCACCUUUCUGGAAAAUCAUCCCCAGGCCCAGCGGGCAGAAGAGUCUAUCAGGCGCCUGAUGGAGGCAGAGAAGGUGAAGGGCUUCUGCCAGGUAGUGAUCUCCUCCAACCUGCGUGAUGGCGUGUCCCAUCUGAUCCAGUCCGGGGGCCUCGGGGGGCUGCAGCACAACACUGUGCUUGUUGGCUGGCCCCGCAACUGGCGCCAGAAGGAGGAUCAUCAGACGUGGAGGAACUUCAUUGAGCUGGUCCGGGAAACCACAGCUGGCCACUUAGCCCUGCUGGUCACCAAGAACGUUUCCAUGUUUCCUGGGAACCCUGAGCGCUUCUCUGAGGGCAGCAUCGACGUUUGGUGGAUUGUGCACGAUGGAGGCAUGCUCAUGCUGCUGCCCUUCCUGCUGCGGCACCACAAGGUCUGGCGAAAGUGCAAGAUGCGUAUCUUCACUGUGGCCCAGAUGGACGACAAUAGCAUCCAGAUGAAGAAGGAUCUGACCACAUUUCUGUACCAUUUACGCAUCACCGCGGAGGUCGAGGUGGUGGAGAUGCAUGAAAGCGACAUCUCAGCUUACACCUAUGAGAAGACGUUGGUGAUGGAGCAGCGCUCCCAGAUCCUCAAACAGAUGCAUUUAACCAAGAACGAGCGGGAGCGGGAGAUCCAGAGUAUCACAGAUGAGUCACGAGGCUCAAUCCGGAGAAAGAAUCCAGCCAACACGCGGCUCCGCCUGAACGUCCCAGAAGAGACAGCUGGUGACAGCGAAGAGAAGCCAGAGGAGGAGGUGCAGCUGAUCCACGAUCAGAGUGCUCCCAGCUGCCCCAGCAGCUCUCCAUCCCCAGGCGAGGAGCCUGAGGGGGAAGGGGAGACAGAUCCUGAGAAGGUGCAUCUCACCUGGACCAAGGACAAGUCGGUGGCAGAGAAGAAUAAGGGCCCCAGUCCUGUCUCCUCUGAGGGCAUCAAGGACUUCUUCAGCAUGAAGCCAGAGUGGGAGAACCUGAACCAGUCCAAUGUGCGGCGCAUGCACACGGCGGUGCGGCUGAACGAGGUCAUCGUGAAGAAAUCCCGGGACGCCAAGCUUGUUUUGCUCAACAUGCCUGGGCCUCCCCGCAACCGCAAUGGUGACGAAAACUACAUGGAAUUCCUCGAGGUCCUCACAGAGCACUUGGACCGGGUGAUGCUGGUCCGCGGCGGCGGCCGCGAGGUCAUCACCAUCUACUCCUGAGAGCCAGGACCUGCCACUCCGGCCCGAGCGCGCCCGGCCCGCGGCUCCGGAGCCCUCGCCGCGCCCCCCGCCGCUGUCACCGUUUACAUACAGACCCUGUGCCCGUGUCCUGGCCCCUUAUCCCGCUGCCUGAAGCCCGGAGGCCACGCCUGUCGGGGCUGACUCGGAGAGGGCGCCCCGCCGCGCGCAGACCAGAGCUCCUCAGUGCCCGGUUGGCCCGUGGGUCUGCGCUGCCCUUUUUCUAAGGCCGGCCUCGUCUCGCCGAAGGAGACGCUGCAAUAAAGGUUGGGAGAAGGCGCGGAAAAGAGAGGAGCUGGGGCCUUGGGGACCCCCAGGUAUUCCAUGCGGCCCAUUCCUCCCCUUCUCACGCCCGCCGCGGUCCUCGCUCUGCGCUCCUCCAGCGCUGCUCCCUGACUCCCGGCGGCCCGGAGGCACGCGGGGUGGGAAGGCCGCGCUCGCCGUCUCCGCCGCCCCUUCUCGCCGAGCCGUGGGGCGCGGGCGGCCGAGCCUAUACAUAGUGUACAGGAGACAUCGCGUGUAUUUUUAACGUCCCCAUAUUUAUGUGACUAGAAGCGCAACAGACUUCUCGCCACAAUCGAGCUCUCCCGCUGGGGGCACUGCUGGGAGACGGAGGCCUCGGGAAGCUGAGUUUUCCUUGACGUUCAAGUUUGAGAGCGAAAGUGCUUUAGGCCCAGGCGGGUGUCGUAGUGGUCUAGUUCCCUCGACACCUCCGUCCGGCUCUCGCCUCUUCGCCCUUUCCGCGCACCCUUGGCUUCCCACCCUCCCCUCCAGUCCUUUUCUGAGAUGAGGUGAGACAAGGGUCCAACUUUUCCUGGAUUCGCCUCCCGGCGGAUGUGAGCUUCCACUGCGGCUGCAGAGACGCGCGCAACCUCUUCUCAUCGGCUCUUAUGCAAGUUGGGGCCAGGAUAGGGGAGGGGCGCUCCUCAAGGGGAAGAAACAAAGAGGCCCGCGCCCCACCGAGGAAGCCCCGCCCCGGUGCCUUUGCUGGGGAGCAGGCGUCUCUCCUCAGUUGGCUUGUCGCCUGCUCCCCGUAUCCCAUGGCUCCUCGCCAAAGACUGAAAUUGUGGAGCUGGAGGGCGCCCCCUCCCCGGAGUUUCCUCCCUGGGACAGGUGAGGGAGGAGGGGACCGAUUCUGGUUUAGGGGCCGGACCCACUGGGAGGCCCCAGUGCCGCCCGUGAUGUUCCCUCCCGCGUCCCCAUCUGGCAGCUCCUGCCUCGCCUGGGGGACCCAGCCGCCUUCUCCGUGCCCUGGGGCCGGGCCUCGCUGCUUAGCAGCGGCCUCUAGCUCCGUCUCCCGGGGACCUGGGCCUGAGGGAGGGCUGGCGUCGCACGCGCUUUAUCCUUAGCGCCUGUCUGCUCUCCUCUAACCAGGACCCAGGGCCUUUGGCUUCCCCAACUCGUCCUUGGCGCUUCCGCCCCACCAGCCUGGUCUGAGGCGUGCUCUGUCCUUAGAGAAGGCGCGUUGGCCGGGUUCCCUUCCCCUAAGGCACGUUUCUAAGGGGAUCAGGCACUGCAUGCUCGUUCCAGCACCAUCUGGGACUGGGUACAGUACCUCCAGCCCCAGGGCCCUGACCUGCGCACCUAGACAGACAUCUCACCCACCUCCCAGAGCUGGGGCCACUGAGUACUCCUGACCUCACCACCUCUUUUCCUUUGAGCCCAAGGCAGAGCUGGAGCUGGCGCCACCCAGACAGAGUCAGGUGUGGCUGGGGGUAGGUUUGGAGGUCUGCCCGUUACACCAAGUGCCCUCUGAGAUUCGAUCAGGGGACUGGAUAGAUUCUUUCAGGUAAUCAGGAAGCUGGAGGUGUUAGACACCAGCCCCCUGCAUCCUUCAGUAGACUUGCCUCUGAGAACCACAGCCAGGUCCUGCCUUCUGGGGGCCUGAAUAUUUCAGAGCUGACGUGGUGGGCUGUGCAGAAGGGGGCUGUAUCAACAUCAAUUAGGGAACCAAAGUUGCACUAUCUGGGCCCAGAUUGUCUGGUUGGCAAGAGCAAAGUUUCCGUUGAUGAGACAGACAUCCCACAACAAAAACCCAAGUUUUCUGUGCUACAUGUGCAAUAUUUGUUAUGAAUGUUAUCACAAGUCAUUCAUCAAGUUAUCUUUAUAAUCACUGUAGUUAGAUGUUUCAUGUCCAUUCAAGUGACUUUUAUUCUGAGUGCAAUAUUUCAAUAGCUUUGUAGUGAUAACUAGUGUUGCUUUUGUUUUAGACGAUCUAUGUGCAGGGCAAUGCAAUGAAGUUGAAAACCCUUGUAAAUAGGAGAGGUUGCAAACCAAAUCAAGAGUAUUUAUUACUAUUAUUACUAUUAUUAUUAGGCCUGCCUUUAAUUUUCAGUGUAAGUGUUCAGUAUUCCGCAUCCUGCCUCAGUAUUGAUCUUGUGUUCUUUGUGCCAAUAUGAAAGGGAGAGGUUGGUUCUUUCCUUUCUUGUUGAAUGCUCCCAUUUAAUGCUUUAUGGCUUUUACUGUAUUACUUUUUUAGACUCCCGUCUGCACAAAAUGCAAUAAAAAUAAUUUUAUUAUACCCUU